CCAGUAAAUGUUCCUAUUUAUUUAAAUAUUUAAUAACUAGGGUUUUCUAUCAGAUGAAAGCAGAACGAUUUUAGGUGGUUUCAAUCCCACUGGCAAAUUGAAGUCUUUCUUUCUCUGCAUUGGUUCCCGUUUCUGAACUAUGGGCAAAAACGUGGUGUCUGACGAAGAGGAGUUGGAACUCGACGAAGAUGGAGAGCCCAUUGAGGGAGACACACUCAAUGGCCGCGACCCUGACGACGACGACGAAGAAGAAGACGAUGAGGGGCAAGAUGAAUAUGAGAAUGAUGGAUUCAUAGUUGAUGAUGUGGAGGAUGAAGAGGUAGAUGAAGCUGAAGAGAGGGAAGAUAGCGAUGAGGAGAGGCGGAAAAAAAAGAAAAAAAGAAAGAAGAAGGAAGCUGAGGACCUUGAUGAAGAUGACUAUGAGCUCCUCCGGGAGAAUGACGUUAAUGUACCAAAGGGUAGCAAGAAAUUUAAGCGGCUAAAAAAGGCUCAAAGGGAUUUAGAUGGGAUACGAUAUGGGCUCUCUGAUGAUGAGUUUGAUGGUAGCAUGAAGGGUGGAGCAACUGCUGAGGAAAAGCUUAAGCGUACCUUAUUUGGCGAUGAUGAUGGGCAACCUCUUGAAGAUCUUCCUGAAGAUGAAGAACAAAUAGAAGAGGAAGAGGAUGGAGAUAUGGGUGAAGAAGAUGAAAUGGCAGACUUUAUUGUAGAAGAAGAUGAUGUGCCUGGGGCUUCUGUUAGACGGAAGAAGAUGAAGAAUAAGAAAUCAAGGCAUGCAUUUGAUGUUUCGUCAUCUGCUUUAAAGGAAGCUCAAGAUAUAUUUGGUGAUGUUGAUGAACUCCUGCAGCUACGCAAACAGGGAUUAGAUUAUAGUGAUCAGAAAGAAAGGAGACUUGAAGAUCAAUUCGAACCCACUGUUCUUUCUGAAAAGUAUAUGACAGUAAAGGAUGAUGAAAUUCGGACGAUUGAUCUUCCAGAAAGAAUGCAGAUUUCUGAGGAAAGCACUGGCAGUCCUCCAAUGGAUGAAGAGAGCAUAAUAGAAGAGAGCAACUGGAUGCAUAAACAGCUUACAAGUGGUGCAGUACCGUUAUUUGGUAAAGAAAGGAUGGAUCUUUCUAUAAACAAGGAUGACAUCAUGAGGUUUUUGGACCUAACACAUGUGCAGAAAUUAGAUAUUCCCUUUAUUGCGAUGUAUCGCAAGGAGCAGUGCCUAAGUCUGCUGCAAGAUCCUGGGCCACAUGAGGUUGAUGAUGUUGAUCAGGAAAAAUCUGAUAAAAAACCUACAAUAAAGUGGCACAAGGUACUUUGGGCAAUUCAGGAUUUGGACCGGAAAUGGCUGCUUCUUCAAAAGAGGAAGAGUGGCCUUCAGUCACAUUAUAGUAAGCGAUUUGAAGAAGAAUCUCGUCGGAUAUAUGAUGAGACAAGACUUAACUUGAACCAACAACUUUUUGAGUCAAUUCUUAAAGAUCUCAAGGAUGCAGAAUCAGAAAGGGAAGUUGAUGAUGUUGAUGCCAAGUUUAACUUGCAUUUCCCACCAGGUGAGGUUGGUGCAGAUGAAGGUCAAUAUAAGAGGCCAAAGAGGAGAUCACAAUAUAGUAUUUGCUAUAAGGCUGGUCUCUGGGAGGUUGCAAGCAAGUUUGGAUACAGUGCUCAGCAACUUGGAUCUCAGCUAUCUCUUGAAAAGUUGCCUGUUGAUGAGUUGGAAGAUCCUAAGGAGAUACCAGAAGAGAUGGCUUCAAACUUUACAUGUGCAAUGUUUGAGACUCCACAAUCUGUCCUCAAAGGAGCCAGACAUAUGGCGGCGCUUGAGAUAAGUUGUGAGCCAUCUGUCAAGAAAUAUGUUCGUAAUAUUUAUAUGGAGAAUGCUGUAGUAUCAACCAGUCCAACAUCUGAUGGAAAAAUAGCCAUAGAUUCUUUCCAUCAGUUUGCUGGUGUUAAGUGGCUGCGGGAAAAACCAUUGAGCAAAUUUGAGGACGCACAGUGGCUUCUAAUCCAGAAGGCUGAAGAGGAGAAGCUUCUUCAAGUAACUUUUAAGCUGCCAGAAAAAAUUAUGGAUGACUUGAUUAAAGAAUGUAACGAAAGAUAUCUCAGUAAUGGCGUUAGUAAAUCUGCUCAACAAUGGAAUGAACAGAGAAAGCAGAUACUGAAUGAUGCUCUUUUUGGUUUCCUUUUGCCAUCGAUGGAGAAAGAAGCGAGAUCCUUGUUGGCUAGUGGAGCUAAGAACUGGUUACUUUUGGAAUAUGGCAAGGAUUUGUGGAAUAAAGUUUCCGUGGGGCCUUAUCAAAAGAAGGAAAAUGAUAUUAAUUCUGAAGAGGAAGCUGCACCACGUGUCAUGGCAUGCUGUUGGGGCCCUGGGAAGCCUGCAACUACUUUUGUGAUGUUAGAUUCAUCCGGAGAGGUGCUUGAUGUGCUUUACACUGGUUCUCUUACAUUACGGUCUCAAAAUGUUAAUGACCAGCAACGCAAGAAAAAUGAUCAGCAGCGUGUUUUGAAGUUUAUGACUGAUCAUCAACCACAUGUUGUUGUUCUUGGAGCUGUGAAUUUGUCUUGUACCCGUUUGAAAGAUGAUAUUUAUGAGAUUAUUUUUAAGAUGGUGGAGGAAAAUCCUAGAGAUGUUGGGCAUGAAAUGGAUGAGCUGAGCAUUGUAUAUGGGGAUGAGUCUCUACCCCGUCUCUAUGAAAAUUCUCGGAUUUCAGCGGAUCAGUUACCUGGCACAUCAGGCAUUGUUAAACGGGCUGUUGCUCUUGGGCGUUAUCUUCAAAAUCCACUGGCAAUGGUUGCAACUCUUUGUGGCCCUGAGAAGGAAAUAUUGUCUUGGAAGCUUAAUCCUAUGGAGAACUUUCUAACAGCAGAUGAGAAGUAUAGCAUGAUUGAACAGGUUUUGGUUGAUGUCGCAAACCAGGUUGGCCUUGAUGUUAAUUUGGCUGCAAGCCAUGAAUGGUUGUUUGCUCCUUUGCAAUUCAUUUCCGGAAUUGGGAGUAGAAAGGCAGCAUCACUGCAGAGGUCAUUAGUAAGAGUUGGAACAAUUUUCAGUCGAAAAGACUUUUUGCAAGCCCAUGGACUUGGGAAGAAGGUUUUUGUCAAUGCAGUAGCCUUUCUACGUGUCCGUCGGAGUGGGCUUGCUGCCAAUAGCAGCCAGUUCAUUGAUUUGUUGGAUGACACUAGAAUACAUCCAGAAUCUUAUCUUGUUGCCCAGGAAUUGGCCAAAGAUGUUUACGAUGAGGAUUUUAAAGGUGACAAUGAUGAGGAUGAUGCAUUGGAAAUGGCAAUAGAACAUGUUAGGGACCGACCAAGUUUGUUAAAAAGCCUUCGUCUUGAUAACUAUCUAGAAAGCAAGAAGCGCGGGAAUAAGAGGGAGACCUUUUUUGAUAUAAGAAGGGAAUUAAUUCAGGGCUUUCAGGAUUGGCGGAAACCAUAUAAAGAACCAAGUCAAGAUGAGGAGUUCUACAUGAUUUCAGGUGAAACUGAGGAUACCCUGGCAGAAGGCCGGGUUGUGCAAGCAACAGUUCGCAGAGUGCAAGGUGGACGGGCUAUUUGUGCACUUGAAUCUGGAUUAACUGGGAUGAUUAUGAAAGAAGACUAUGCAGAUGACUCGAGAGAUAUUGUCGAGUUGUCUGAUAGGCUGCAUGAAGGUGACAUCUUGACAUGCAAGAUCAAAUCAAUUCAAAAGAAUAGGUAUCAGGUGUUCCUGGUUUGUAAAGACAGUGAGAUGAGAAGCCGACACCAGCAUGUCCAGAACCUUGACCCUUACUACCAUGAGGAGCGAAGCAGCAUACAGAGUGACCAAGAGAAAGCUCGUAAAGAGAGGGAAAUGGCCAAGAAACAUUUUAAGCCGAGGAUGAUUGUCCAUCCACGCUUCCAAAAUAUUACUGCUGAUGAAGCUAUUGAGUAUUUAUCCGAUAAGGAUCCUGGAGAAAGCAUCAUCCGUCCCAGUUCUCGUGGGCCUUCUUUUCUAACCUUAACUCUCAAAGUUUAUAAUGGAGUUUAUGCUCACAAGGAUAUAGUUGAAGGUGGAAAAGAACACAAGGACAUUACCAGCCUGCUCCGCAUUGGGAAGACGUUGAAAAUUGGGGAAGACACUUUUGAGGAUUUGGACGAGGUAAUGGAUCGAUAUGUCGACCCCCUUGUGUCUCAUCUGAAGGCGAUGCUGAGUUAUCGCAAGUUCAGGAAGGGAACUAAAGUAGAGGUUGAUGAGCUUCUAAAGAUUGAGAAAUCAGAGUAUCCUAUGAGAAUAGUGUAUUGCUUUGGCAUUUCUCAUGAACAUCCUGGCACUUUUAUUCUUACUUAUAUACGGACUUCGAAUCCACAUCACGAGUAUAUUGGCUUAUAUCCUAAGGGAUUCAAGUUCCGAAAAAGGAUGUUCGAGGACAUUGAUCGUCUGGUUGCUUAUUUCCAGAAGCAUAUUGACGAUCCACAGCAUGAGUCAGCUCAAUCAAUUAGAUCAGUUGCGGCAAUGGUACCAAUGCGGAGCCCUGCUGCUGAUGGCUCUUCUGGGGGAUCUAUGGGUGGUUGGAAAGGGCAUUCUCAUGACAGGGGUCAAUCUUCCACUCCAGGUUCUAGAACAGGUCGUGGCCGAGAUGGGCAUCAAAGUGGUGCUCCACGUGGUGGUCGUGGACGUGGUAGGGGUGGCUCGUAUAACAGCAACCGGGGGCGUAACAAUGGGCAAGAUUCAUCUUACGAUGAUACCCCCAAAUGGGAUUCAGGUAGCAGCAAGAAAGGGGAUGAUGGUGGUUGGGGCAGUUUCCCGGGAGCUAAAGUUCAAAACUCUCCAGGUACAGACGCUUUCCCUGGUGGUUGGGGUGCUUCUGGAACUGAAAGUGGAGGUGGCAGCGGCAGUGGCUGGGGUGCUUCUGGAACUGAAAGUGGAAAUGGCAAUGGCAGCGGCAGUGGCUGGGGUGGCAGUGGCGGUGGCAGUGGUUGGGGUGCUUCUGGAACUGAAAGUGGAGGUGGCAAUGGCAGCGGCAGUGGUUGGGGUGGUGGUAGUGGAGGUUGGGACCAAGCAAGUGGUGGUACUGACAAUGGGGGUUCUGGCUGGGGAUCUGCUCCCAAGAGCGGUAAUUCUGGUGGUUGGUGAAACCCCCAGAAAUUUUGUUUUUCCCCUUAGCCAAGCCAUGGGUUGUAGGGCUUAGUUUUUAAGAGGCAUCUUUAGCUUUGCGUGUAGGCUACCUAUUCACUCUUGCUAAUAAAAAUCAAAUCUUGUUAGUA